AUGGCCUUCGCAAGGGCUUCGAGCUUCAACUCAUCGAUCGCUGGCUGGGACACUUCAAAGGUGGUGGAUAUGAGCUGGAUGUUUGCAGGUGCGUCAGCCUUCAACCAGCCCAUUGGCGACUGGAACACAUCUCGAGUCAAAAGCAUGCAAGGGAUGUUCUAUGGCGCUUGGGCGUUUAAUCAGAGUCUAUCCAGCUGGAACACUUCCAGGGUUGCUGAUCUAAGCUACAUGUUUGCCGGUGCUGUAUCCUUUGAUGCUGCAGUUGGUCGUUGGAAUACUUCAGCCGUUACUGACAUGAGCUUUCUCUUCAGCUCUGCACGAUCUUUCAACCAGCAAAUUGGAGCCUGGAAUACUUCAUCCGUCACCAACAUGGCUGCAUUGUUCCAUGAUGCCCAGCUCUUCAACCAACCGGUUGGUUUAUGGAAUACUUCCAAGGUGCUCAACAUGAGUAUGAUGUUCAAGUGGGCUGGUAUUUUCAAUCAGCCCAUUUCCGGAUGGGAUACCUCCAGUGUCAUUGACAUGACAUUCAUGUUCAACUACGCACAGCACUUCAACCAACAGAUUGGCACCUGGGAUACCUCCAAAGUCACCGACAUGAGAUCGAUGUUCAGCAGUGCGCGGCACUUCAACCAGCAGAUUGGCAACUGGGAUACCUCCAGGGUACGUACCAUGAGGAAGAUGUUCUACGAUGCAGAUGCCUUUUCGCAGCCGUUGGGGAAGUGGAACACUACAGCUGUGACUGAUAUGAGCCAUAUGUUCCAACAAGCCAACAGCUUCAACGAGUCGCUGGCUGGAUGGGACACCUCCUCUGUCACCAACAUGGCUGUAAUGUUCACAGAUGCAGAAUCCUUCGAUCAGCCCAUCGGUGGAUGGAAUACCUCCUCGGUGAGGUACAUGUCGUACAUGUUCGCAGGCGCGAGGUUCUUCAAUCAGCAGAUCGAGAGAUGGGAUACUUCGAUGGUGGAGGAUAUGACCAUGAUGUUCAUUGGAACUUAUGCCUUUAACCAGUCCUUCAACCAGCCGAUCGACGCCUGGAACACGAGCUCAGUGGUCGACUUGAGCAUGGCCUUCGCAAGGGCUUCGAGCUUCAACUCAUCGAUCGCUGGCUGGGACACUUCAAAGGUGGUGGAUAUGAGCUGGAUGUUUGCAGGUGCGUCAGCCUUCAACCAGCCCAUUGGUGACUGGAACACAUCUCGAGUCCAAAGCAUGCAAGGGAUGUUCUAUGGCGCUUGGGCGUUUAAUCAGAGUCUAUCCAGCUGGAACACUUCCAGGGUUGCUGAUCUAAGCUACAUGUUUGCCGGUGCUGUAUCCUUUGAUGCUGCAGUUGGUCGUUGGAAUACUUCAGCCGUGACUGACAUGAGCUUCCUCUUCAGCUCUGCACAAGCUUUCAACCAGCAAAUUGGAGCCUGGAAUACUUCAUCCGUCACCAACAUGGCUGGUAUGUUCUUGGACGCAAAGCUUUUCAGCCAACGGGUUGGUUUAUGGAAUACUUCCAAGGUGCUCAACAUGAGCAUGAUGUUCAAGUAUGCUUAUACGUUCAAUCAACCCAUUGGUGGAUGGAACACCUCCCACGUCAUCGACAUGAGAGCGAUGUUCAGCUAUGCACCCAACUUCAAUCGGCCGAUUGGCAGCUGGGAUACCUCCAGAGUGCUGAGCAUGAGGAGCCGGAUGUUCCAAAGUGCCAACAACUUCAACCAGCCUUUGGCGGGAUGGGAUACCUCCUCCGUCGCCAACAUGGCGUUGAUGUUCACAGAUGCCGAAUCCUUCGAUCAACCCAUCGGUGGAUGGAACACCUCCUUGGUCACGGACAUGAGGUACAUGUUCGCGGGCGCCCGACUCUUCAAUCAGCCCAUCGGAGAAUGGGAUACGUCGAAGGUGGAGGACAUGCGUUUUAUGUUUGCUGGAACGUAUACCUUCAACCAGCCGCUGCACUGGAACACUUCGAAGGCCCGAAAGAUGUUCUCGAUGUUUACCUUCACCAGGUCCUUCAACCAGCCCCUUGGACAUUGGGACACUUCCUCUGUCCGGCGGAUUGAAAACAUCUUCGCCUUCGCCAAGCGCUUCAGCCAGCCAGUGGGUAGUGGCCUUACUUGA